GCUGAGGGCUGGGGACCGACCUCUUCAGGCAGGUGGCCUGAGGUCCCGGCAGCUCGUCGGGUCUCGGGGCACAGCUCAGGCUCUGGGUGCUGACUCCGCGGCCAUUCCUCAGAGAGGCCUCAAGAGCGCUUCCUCCAGGCAGCACCUGGCGCCCUGACGCCCAGGGCGCAGCUUCGUCGUGGACAGGAGCUUGUUACCCGCUGACCUCGUGACUCGUUCUUCAACGAGCGCUUCCCGAGUGUGGAGGCCGCAGCUGUUCCCCAUUCCCCGACCCAACCCCCAUAUUGGCAUUCCACCGGUGUAGACCUCAUGGGCUGGUGGGGCUAGCUCGGCAUGAGGGGUCGAGGCACGUCAGCCCCAACCUGAAGACGGAGGGAUGAGGGUUGUGUGCCAAGCGGCGCAGCCUGUGCGAUGGAGGCUGAUGGUGUCAGGCAGCGGGUACCCCGAGAGAGGAGCCCUUGAACCGAGCCGCCGGCGGCCCACCGUGGUCCCUCGUCCCGCUCCCGGCGAGUAUAUCCGUGGGUGGACGCAGGAACGGACAAAUAGAAAGAACCUGUGUGACAUAGGCCCAGGCCUCAACUCAGGGUACUCCAGACUCUCUACUGCACUCCUUUCCCUCUUAGCUGUUCCAGUGAAGUUCUCAGAAAAGCAGCAGGCUUCCCAUUACCUCUACUUGAGACAGCACAGAGUUCGCGAAGGCAUCCAGUCCACGUGGCCUCCCAAUCGGACCCUUUUUAUCCUCAACGUGCCCCCGUACUGCACAGAGGAGAGCCUGUCUCGGUGCCUGGCCUCCUGUGGCGCCAUCAAGACAGUAGAGCUGCAGGAGAAGCCUGACCUUGCCGAGAGCCCUAAGGAGCCGAAGUCCAAGUUUUUUCAGUCCAAGCCGGUGCAGGGCUUUCAGGUUGCUUAUGUGGUAUUCCAGAAGCCAAGUGGCGUGUCUGCUGCCUUGAACCUGAAGGGCCCAUUGCUGGUUUCUACAGAGAGCCACCCUGUGAAGAGCGGAAUUCAGAAGUGGAUCAGCGACUAUGAAGAUUCAGUGCCUGACCCCGAGGCCCUGAGAGUUGAAGUAGACACAUUCAUGGAGGCCUAUGACAAGAAAAUAGCUGAGGAGGAGGCUAAGGCCAAGGAGGAGGAGGGGGUCCCUGAUGAGGAGGGCUGGGUGAAGGUGACCCGCCGGGGCCGCAGGCCUGUGCUCCCUCGAACGGAAGCGGCCAGCCUGCGAGUUCUUGAGAAGGAGAAACGGAAGCGAGCCCGCAAGGAGCUUCUCAACUUCUACGCCUGGCAGCACCGGGAGAGCAAGAUGGAGCACCUAGCACAGCUGCGAAAGAAGUUUGAAGAGGACAAGCAGAAGAUCGAACUGAUGAGAGCCCAACGCAAAUUCCGACCCUACUGAGCCAUUCCGGCCCCGGCUCCAAGACCAGCAGACCCAUUGUUCCCUCAGGGACCACGCUCUGGGAAGCAGAUACCAAGCCACGAAGCAGCUGUGUCACCCAGGUCCAUCUCUGCAGCUGCACAGGCUGGAUGUGAAGGGUGGGGCUGCCCUGCAGGAAGAUUUGGCCUUCAGAGAGCUACCUCUACUCCUUCCUGCAUGUCUGCUUCUGACCCAGUUGCCUUCCAUGAAGCCCCUUGCUGGCAACAGCCACAUGGAGUGCAGUGAAGGCAGAAGAUUUUUAUUUCCACACAGGCUUGGGGCAAGGACAGGCUCCAGAAGCCUUUGAGCGCAGAGGCCCAGGCCUGCUUCCUCCGUGCUACCAGUUCACUGCAGCUUACCAAACACAGUCCUGGACUCCUUGUCCCCUCCUUGAGGUCACAGAUAAGGUCAGAGUCUCUUUUUCCCUGCCCCUCUUGGUUUCCAAGCCCAGUGAGACCCACGCCCACCUAUUUGGUAGAAUGAGGGUGCUCGAGACCCAGUGGAAGCUAGAACUUGUGAACAGGAUCCCAGUCCAGAGCUACAGCCUCGCAGGGGUUUCUGGGGUCAUCUUGGCCUGGCUCUGUAGAAAGGAGUUGAUGACUCCAGCCACAAGGCUGGGCUCACUCAUGUGGACGUAGUGAUUGCCUGGGACUUCCACAUACUGGAACCGCUGGAGAGAGGGGGGCAGGCGGUGAGAUACUGCCCACUCAGGAGACUCUCCCGUGGAGUUCGAGGUGGGUCAGAGGCAACCUCUCCUCUGUUCACAGUAGCCUAGGAAGCUACUGUCCUAGAGCAGGGAGCCACAGUCACUGCCAGUUCUGUUGGCGAUGACGCCAUCAAAGAAAGGCAGGCUGCAGCAGGAGCUUGCCAAACAGAAGAGCCCCCUUUGUGAGAGCAUCAAGCUGUGCAUAGAGACACAGGCCAGCACGAGCCUCCCAGUAGCCAUAAAUACUUGCCAAUGUGCUGGUCCUAGGAGGGGCGCCCCAGAACAAAGGCUGGCCAGGAGGUACAUAAGGGCAAUAAAGCAGGAUUUCUGCCAGCAAAA